AUGGUACCCAUGGUCUCUGGUUUCACUCCAAUCACCAUCACCCCCUCAGGAUUUAUUCGCUUCGCGUCUUGUAUCUCUCUUUCGAGCUGGGUUGAAGAGUAUGCUGGUGGUGUUACUGCUUCAAAGGAUCAAAGUCGGUGUCUGCAGGCUUCUUUGACUUCCGAGGAGUUUUCUUGUUGUUAUCAUCAUCUCACUCAUAGUGGUAAAAUCGGAGUCCUCCUACAUCAUAAAGCGGUCGGGUUUCAAGUCUCUGUUGUUGUUGUUGUAAAAGUUAAGAAGUUUGGGGGGAAUCUGAGAGGAAAAGAAAAAGUUCCAAGUCCAGAAUCGCAUACUAUCUUCUAUGCCAAAGGUGCUGAGAAGCUUCCAGCCACUGCAAUCUUAUUUAGCAGUCAUCAGUCUGGUGCCAGUUGGGCAUGGCUUUCGAAUUUUUACGAUGAGCCAUUUGUUGAUCACGAAGGAGUGACUUACCGCUCGGCUGAGAAUUACUUCCAAGCAGCGAAAGCUUAUAUGAUGAAAGACAAAGCUAAAUUUCUCAAAAUGAUCAAAUAUACUCCUCAGAAAGCCAAGACAGAAGGGAACAAAAUAAAAAUUGAUGUCGAGAAGUGGAACCAAAUCUCCGGCGAAAUGAUGUUUUAUGCCCUCUACUACAAAUUACGACACAAGCCUUCAUGGAUCCAGGCUUUGAUCCGCACAGGGAAUGUGUUGAUUGUAGAAGCCAGAGAAGAUUUGGUAUGGGGCUCAGGACUAUCCAAACCUGAAACGGAGAAAACGAGAAUCUGCUAUUCGCCCGGGAAGAACCAGCUGGGUGACAACACCACGCAAGUGUCUGACGCACCUGCGGUCGCUGCUACUGUUACAACUGGACCUACAUCUAACCAACAUGUCGACCCAGGCACAAGUCCAGAUGUAGCGCAAGACCCAGAAGCGAAUCAGAAUCCUGAGGUCAAGGAUCUCGAUGAACCCGUCGAAUCAUUUUCCGAUCCAGAUUCACAAGGAGGGCGCCUUACACUUGCGCAAGAUAUUGACGAGGUUGAGGCAGAGACUCUUAUCCGUAUUUCUGACAACAAAAUUGACAGAGACAAGAGUGGCAAGUCCAAGGAGGAUAGGUCAGUAAAACCAAUCUCGAAGAAUCAAAUGUUAGCAGAGGCAGAAGAAAGACCCUAUACAGACUUAGCUCUAGAAAUUCAGAGUCAUCGUGAAAAACGACUCCAUCUCGAAAAACUAUACCGGAAAGAGGAAGAUCUGGUGCUAGAGAGGCAUAUAGAAAACCAGAGACGACGUGCACUAGAGACAAUUCGAGCAUGUCCGAAGAUAUAUGACACUGUCUCAGAGCCAGAAUCUGAGGUAGAACAAGAGCAACUUGAGAAAGAGCAACCAGAGGAAGAGCCGUCCCAGCCACUCAAGUCCGCCAAGACACGCUUGAGUUUGAAGAACAAAACAUACCCUCCACAAUCUGCUCAGAAUUCUCCUGAUAAGAGCAUUUCUGGGCCAGCGCGAAAUCCACCAAUUUUUUCAACACCAUCGGAUCCAAAAAUGCUAUCAAAAAGAAAGGCUACGGAGGACGCUGCACCAAAGACACUAAAGAAGUCAAAGUUAUCUGAUGGUUUCAAAGCUAUCGAACUUACUUCUCCAUCAACUCCUCUGAAUCUUAGAAAGACUGCACCGGCAAAUGAAAGCGAAACCAAAAAAUCUACAAGCACAGUAAAUGAUUUCUCAGAAUUCGAAAAAGCUUAA